AGAUAGUCUGUGAUUUUUCAGAGUCCGGAAAUCGUCCGAUCCAUUUGACUGUAAAUAUCUUUUUCGUUUGGUGAAAAUGGCAAAAAAGUCGUACGAUUUUUUAUUUAAAUUGCUUAUUAUCGGUGACUCGGGAGUAGGAAAAACAAGUAUACUUUUUAGGUUUUCAGAUGAUGCUUUUAACACCACCUUUAUAUCGACAAUCGGGAUUGAUUUCAAAAUCAAAACCAUUGAAUUGCGGGGAAAGAAAAUCAAACUUCAAAUAUGGGACACAGCAGGUCAGGAAAGAUUCCACACCAUCACUACGUCAUACUACAGAGGGGCAAUGGGUAUAUUACUUGUGUACGAUAUAUCAGAUAUGAAGAGUUUUGAAAACGUAAUGAAAUGGACUCGAAAUAUUAAUGAGCAUGCCAAUGAAGAUGUAGAAAGAAUGAUUUUAGGCAACAAGUGUGACAAAGAAAGUGAAAGAAUGGUCACGAAAGAAAUGGGUGAACAGAUUGCCCGAGAACAUGGAAUCAGAUUUAUGGAGACAUCAGCGAAAACGAAUAUCAAUAUCGAGAAAGCUUUUACAGAUCUGGCCUCAGCAAUCCUUGACAAGACAGUUGGUCGGGAAGCAAUGGAUACAUCGACACGAAUUGAUAUCAACCGAAAAACAGAGGAACGAUUAAAUCGCUGUUGCUAACACUUUUUGACAAUGCUAUGGAACCGUUUUUUUACAAACUGAUAACUAGAGACAAAACUAUGUAUCAUGACUGAUAUUUGUCAACAUUGUAAAUAUUAUUUUGUAUUUAUCGUUAUUUUAUUGUGAAGUCUAAAUGUUGAGAAGUGACAAGGAACUAGUUUUGCAUCAUUUGACAGAAAAUCAGACUAAUAUAAUUACGAGAGGCUUUGCAAUCAACAAAGUUUGAUGUAAAUUUUUCAAUCAACACAGCUUGAUACAAUAGUGGACGGAAAUCGAAAAACUUAUGGACUGGAGUGAGCAGUAGAAAACUUUUUGAUUAGUUUAUAAAAACAGCUCCAUGCAUCGAAGUUUUAGUGCAAAAAAGUGUGAAGUGUUCAUGUGUACGCUGUCUGUGCUAACUACAUACAAAUGUUUAGUCAUCCUCAAUGUAUAACAAAUGCAGUAUUGUUUUCACCAUGCUAGAUCUUAUUAAAGUCCACCUCAUUCAUAAUUUAAAUCUUAGAAUUUGGAUUAUAUCCUAUUCAGCAGCACCAACCUCUCAAUUAUUGCUUUAUAGAGGUGGGACAAACGAUAAAUCUGUUAAUGUCUUUAUGAACUCAAAAAUUUACUUACUAGCAUUGAGCAAUAAAAAGUGGAAAGGAAGCACUAAAAAUUAACUAAGAGUGCAGUGUCUUAAUUUUAGUCUCUGAACUUCUUUUUUGGAAGGAUUCAGUGGUUAUUUUUAUAAAUAAGAACUUAGUUGAUUGAAUUCAACCUCUGUUGAGCGCAAAUAAUGGUAAGAAUCGUAGUGAAAAUAUUUUUGUCUACUUACUUUUUAACUGUUAUGUCUAUUCUGUCAGAAGAAUUGACUGCUUUUUUGUGUACUCAUUCUUCAGUAGAACUUCAGUUUUGGAUCCUACGGGACUGCAUGAAAGUCAGUAUGUUUCAAGCUUGGCUGUCGAUAUCCCAAUAUAGCAUGCAAGAAAAAUCUGAGUUCAUUAAACCAUGGGCCCUUCUAAAGGAAAUUUUUUCCUCCAUUUUCCGAAGACAUGUGAAGGCUUUCAUAGUUCCAUUCUGUAUCACCUGAAGUUAUCUUGAUCCCUGUUAAGCUCUCAAUGUGUAAAGCUAGUAUCAGACGAUCUAAGUGGAGCUCUCAAAGUGGCGUUACGUAAGGUCACGUGACCCUCAAAGACUCCCGGCCCGAGAAUAUUUGAGGGCAAUGGAGGGUCACAUGACCCCACGUGACGCCAUUUUGAGAGCUCUACUUUGAUCGUAUGAUACGGGCUUAAAAAAAUAAAUCAAGACUCCCAGAAAAUUUGUGAAACUUUUUUUUUUUAUUUAUUUCUUUCUCUCUUUCUGUGAAAUUUCUCCGACAGGUGUAUUGUUCACUCCCUGAGGUUUCUUCCCUCCCCCCCCCCUCAUUUGAGAGUUUCUCCUAGAAUCAAUAAUCAAGAUUCCAGUAACCUUAAAACCACUGUUUUCUUGUCAGAGUGUUUGUGCUUGGUUACUGAGAUCAAGCUGCAACCAAGAGCAAAAACAGAACACAACAACCAAGUAAAAAUCUCCGAGUUUGUUUGGUAAACUGAAAUUCUACUGUAGAUUUGCUUUUCUCUCCCUGAGCAUCUGUCUCUCGAGGAAGAAACAUUUUAUGUUGUGAUUAUAUUCAAAUCUAUCCGUUCUUUUGCAAGGAUUUUCAAUUUUGUUAUUUUAACUUUUUAUUAAAAAAUAGUAUUAAUUAAUGUCGAAUUAUUUGUAACUUGCCUCCGUCAUGCCACCUCUGUGAUUGAACUGGCUCUUGAUUGAAACAUUUCCUGCCUUAAAUAUGAGAGCACUUUGUGGUGGCCUUUAACUGGAAUAUGAAGUCCUUGAUUCUAGGUACAUCAACAUAACUUUUGCAUUAUAAGCUAGUAAAAAUUCGUGUACGCAUAUCUCACCAGGCAAAGCUCGUAGUCUCUAUGAUAGAUGAGAUGAGACCAUCCAAAAUCUCUUUUGUUUUACUUUUGCCGUUGUAUACCUACCUGGCAAUGGCUGCCUUAACAUUAUUUUCGGCCAAGGGUACAAGUAACAUUGCUGCAAUGUUUCAACAAACUUUUCCGGCAACCAUUGCCAGGCGGGUACCCAUGACAAUGGGUACCAAAAAAAGUAGGAACUGGCUGAAUGAUUAAUCCCUCUUGCAUUGAAAAAUAGGAGGUGGUAUUCAUUUUGCCCAUUAUUUAAUAAGGUCAUUUGUUACACCAUUAAAUUUCCAGUCUUAGAAAAGAAGAAAAGAACACAACACUACAAAAUGGAUCAAAGUUUUUAUCUUAAAGGCCAGAAAAUCGAAUCAAACUGUAUAAAAACAUCUGAACAUCAGUAUUAUUAAUUUUCUUUCUGGUCUCCAGUGAUGUUUGUUCACCUAUAAGUCGCAAAAAAUCUUGAACCAGCCAACACCUCCUGUUCUUCCCAUGCGAGUCUCAUUAUUUGUUUGUGCCUUUGAUAUUUUAGGACCUUUCUCGAUUCGUACACGAGUUUAACUUGUUUAUUCAAACUGUCUCUUGGUUGUACAAUGUUUCCUGUGAGCAGUUCCAGUUAAGCUCAGCUUCGAUCAUCUAGGUCCACCUCCAGUAUUUCUAAGCAGGCGUAUCUGUAGAAAAAAAAACCCAACCAAACUAGUCACCUCACUGAAUUUAAGAUUCUACUCAGCCGCAGCAACUAUACUGUCCGUAAGAGCUGAACAUUGAAGUCUAAUCUGUUCUUUAUUUCCCACUCCGCCUAUGAUCUAAAGAGGUGAAGAUUAUUUUCUGCUAUUCUCUUUGGUACUAAUUUGCAUAAAAAACUUGUAAAAAUAUAAUGAUUAGAUUUAUUUUUUUUUACGAUUUGGACUUUGUAUUGUUCAUAAAGAUUUUCAUACACUUGACAGUUUCUAUUGGGAAGCAGGGAAUGGCCAGAAUUUUAAACUUUGAGGGCGUUUUAACUAAUUUUUAACUUUUAGUAACAUUUAUCGUUCAUGAUAAUUAAUAAUGUGGUAUUAAUAAUUUUGUAAGUUCUGAUCAGGAUUUCUCAACAAUUUUUUCAUUUCACAUAUUAUCCUUCAUGAUUUCAUUUUUAAGGAACACUCAGGCAUAAACUAUCUGUAGCACAAGGGAUUUUUGUAAGUUAAGGUUCCCUGGUUUAUAUAUUCCAAUAGGAAGAAGAUAAAUCAAAUCAGUGAGAGAAAAUGUAUUUAAUACACCAACAAAUUGCACUGAAGCACACUUUUAAGAAAACGAUUGGAGAACUUGAGUGAAAUUCGCUAAAAUAACAGGAGGUGAGCAUGUGAAAUGGGAUUUGUUCUAAUAAAAUCUAGUUUCUUUGCAAACUCCUUGACAGAGUUUCAAAAACUGUGGCUUGUUUAAAGCUAAGAGUAAGCUUGAUAAGCACUGCUUUAUGCAUCUAUUUUCGUUUGGAAUAUAUGAAAAAAUAGUUAACCUUACUUCACUGAUGACCCUUGUAAAUUACUUCUUCCAGGGUAUUUUUUCUGACUCUCUUCAUAGUCUUUCCAACUAUUUGAAUGUAAAAGUAAACUAUUAGGACACUCAAUUUUGUCAAUUCGAAGUAAAUUUGCAGUUCCUUGUGGUGCUGUAGAUUUUACAACGAUGGCAUUUUGUCAGGGAGUCUAAUCAUGCCUUAUUAAAUAGCAAGUAGAAACUUGUGAAUACAUAAACGUUGAUGUGUAAGUUAAGUUUGCGCUUCAAAAUCGCUCCCUAUCCACACAUCAGAUUUAACAAAACUUAGGUAAUCUAGCCUUUGAGACCCAGACCCUCCUCGUAACUUUACAGUCUGCAAAACAUUCCAAUGUAGCCACCUUUUUUAUGUCAUGAAAGAAAAAUCUCCAAUGUGGCAAUAUUUAAUGCGACUAAGGGCAGCCGGUCAUUAUGAUUAAAAAAAAUGCAACUACUAGCAAAACCAGAACUUUAAGUUCCAACUCUAGAUCCAAGUAUGUUCCCUUACAUAACAUGAUGCAUGAUGGAAUGUUCAGUGAAAUGGUCUUGUAAAACUUGGAAAUUGCCCAUUCUGAAAUGUCCUGUUUUAUUUCGUUUACGAGAUUACUAAACUAAAGUAUUGCCUCGAAACUUUCCUUGAAUCUUCCCUCACUCACGAAGAAUAUAUCCAAAAAAUUUCAAAUUUAAAUGUUGCGCAGUUUUCUGUCAAAAAAAUACAACCUAAGAGAAAAUUAGACAACGUCUCUUUCUGUUACGAUGAUUAUGGCUAAGUCUGUCCAGUUUAUGGCCUGCUGCCUGACAAUGUCUCUCAAAUACUGAACAUUAAGAAUUUUACAAUCAAUUUUACUUCGCACACAUGUUGCAAGCAGCAUUUGCUGAAUCUUGCAUGGAUUUGAGGCUGUGGACAGUAGUAUUUGACUAAUACGUCGAUAAAUCCUUUUUUUUAGCUUUACAACGCGAGUUUUCCCUCCUUACUCCCGGGUCCCAGUUAAUGAGCGACAAUUCAAAGAAUCCCAUACCACCUAUUCCCGUUGUCAACCUGUUUCAUUGAAUCUAGUCUUGUUUUGGAAUAGCUCAAGUCAUUUUUUUCAAAAUUGGACCUUGGCUCAAAAUGUUUGUUUAACUUUGAAAAUUUUGACGAUCUGGAAACCGUUUUGAACACAAAAAGUUGUUUCUCCAUAAAGUAUUAAGAUUUUUGAACUUCUGGCUGAAUUUAUCUUCACAUUCAUCUCUUUUUCAUUUUUUUUCAAUUUUUUAAUUUGAUAAAAGAACCUAUCUAAGACUGACGUAUGGUUGUAAACAUGGAGGUACAAAUCACAAUUUGAUGAAGUUUUUUUAAUUCUCACAGUUGGUUUACAAGAAUUCUAUGAUUUGAGCCAUACUGCAUGGUUGUUUCUUUGCUGUAUCAAGUUUGUCUUGAAUCCUCCUGAAAUAUUUUUUUAUAGUCACAAGCUGCUAUUUUCAGUAGCAAAUCUAGGAUAUUGAAUUCAAGGAUCAUGCCUAUUUUCUAAUGCUAGUAAAUUUUAAAACUUUUUAGAAACAUAUCCCUCUUACCAAGACAAAUAGAAUCUACAUCAUACUUUAUAGAAUUACUCGCUUCCUUCCAGGAAACAGCUUUAUUCAGCAGACCUCUUCCUUUUUGCCCUUGAAACAUGAAACAUCCCUAUAUUCUCACUUGUUUUUGCAUGAAUUUUAAGUGACAAAAAGAACUUUAUAUGAGAGACGUCUCAUUCAUUUUCUUGUGUAUACACGCUUAUUUUUACUAUUCCCCUCGCUCUUUUGUUCUUAGGUCUAUAUUUAUUUUUCAGAAUUGUUUUAUCCCAUCAUUUUGAUACUUCAUGUACCGCAAUUCUUACGAAGGAACUUUCUAUCUUCAUCAAAAAGCAAUGUAAAUUUUGACUAUCUAAGCUUACAAAUAAAGUUAGAGUUACCUUUUUAUGUUGAUAAA